UGAUCAUUCUCUAUUUAAAACAUUAUAUUAAUUUCAUGCUAUUUCACAAUAUCUGUGUAUGUAUGUACAUUUUGGAUUGUAAAAAGAAAUCAUUGAUCUUCCUUCAAUAUCUAAGACAGAAAAGGUGUUUUCUUUGAUGAAAAAUUGAUUAUGGCUCUAGAGAAUAUUCAUCUGCGAGUAAUUUUAAUAGCAUGGUGUUUUACUAUAGCAGAAGGUACAACAAAAAGAUCAAAACACUACAAAAGUCCAGCCAUUACAUUUUCUUACGAGGUUGCGGUUUCAUCGACGAUAAUCGGACUUUUAAUCACACUGUUCCUGGUCUACUGGUUUAUAUUUCGACCCAUGUUUAAUGCAACAGAAAGGAAAAAACGCCAUAAUCGGAUAAAUAUGUUCUUGUUGGAAUUUUGGAAGAAUGAUGUUAUCAUGAAACCAUCUUGGGGUAGCAGAGAGUACAAAGAUAUAAGUAGCUCUAUACAAAGCUUGGUUGAAGAUAUCAUUGUCAAAGUGUUUUCAUGCAAGGACAGUUCUUUGGUCAUAAAACGGGAAAAUGUCAGUAAGUAUGUUAAGCUAAUUGGAAGCUGUCAAGAAGAAUCGAAGGUUCAACGGCCAGACGAGUUUGACUUUUCUAUUACAUUUCCAGCUUUUUCUGAAGACAAUGUUUUUGUUGAACACGGAAGCAGCAUUAGACCUGAUGAAUUUAUGUGUAUACAUAAAUACUUGUUGUAUGAAUAUGACAAUGCAUUUGUUCAACUAAGAUAUACAGGAAGUAUUGAUAAAGAAAGUCAGCUGUUCCGUCUUUUAACGAAAGUUAAUAACCAUUAUUACAUAUCUGCUUUUAAAAUGCAUAGUUUCUUUAAAAGACGUAUUCGCUCCGUUGUAAAACUGUUAGUUCGUGACAAAUAUUCCAAAACAUGUUCAACCGGGAAACUGGUUGUCGAAUUUCCGGAUGAAGACAAAUACAACUCUGAAGAAAAUGGCCCAGCAUGGACACUUCCCCUACUUUGGGAUCGCAACUAUGGAAAAGGAUACAGAAUCAAUGUUGAUAUUGCACCUGUAAUAUUGAUAUCAGAUCAGUUUCCUGCUAUCUCUAUGACGACAUUUAAAGACACAAAUCUAAGUGCCAAAAGAUUUAUGCCAUAUCCGGCCAUAUGUUAUAUGUUGGGAAAUGACAGAUAUGACUACAUGUCCAACAUUGAGCAAAUGAAAGGGGGGACAUAUUCUUUAACUUAUAAAGAUGUCAUGGCAAGAGUGUCCGAUGAGAAUAAAUUGUUUGUUGAGUUGUCUUUCUUAACAUCUCAUGUUCACCAUGAAAAUACAUUGAUGAAAGAACUUAAGAAUUCAUUCAACAACCUAUUUAUAACUUAUCAAAUCUUUAAACGAUUAGAACCUCUGUGGUCAAGAUUUAAAGUGAAAGGACAAUUACAUGGUUUACGGUUUCACAGUUAUGUCCUAAAAACAAUCAUCCUUGAUGAAAUUAUUCAUGGCAAGGAAACGAUUUCACGGCACGACGACGUUGCAACAUGUUUCAAGGUGAUCCUUAAUCGUAUUAUAGAUUUGUCCGAAUCAUGUCUCCGUGGUAACCAUGAGUCUGUAACCUCCCUAUGGUUUGAUGAACACAUUCUGACAUGCGCACAACUCCCACAAGUAUUAAUGUACGACGAGGAAUAUUUGCACGCAUUCAGACAACAGUUUCGAGUGCUUUGGGAUUUGUUAAAUACUGUAUCAGAAGAUGAUGCCUAUGAAUAUUACAAUUAUAAACAUGUUAUUCUAGAUUUGAUAAGUAAACCAGCGAAUUUCAGAAUAAAUUGAAUAUAUUUCAGUAAACACACAUAAUUAACCUUUUAGAAAAGAUGUGAUUAACAAAAGGUGUAUGACAUCUAUUGAAUGCAUACCGAAAGAAAAAGGAUCAAUAUUAGGUAUCCUGUGAACACCAUACAUGUACAUGUGUGCGUGAUGACAAAAAUCAGCUAUAAUUCAUUGUGAAAUCAUUGCUAACAUUUGUGACAUGCCUUUUUUUUAAAGGUGCAUUUUAUGAAUAUGUUUAAAUAUAUUACCGUUUGCUUAAGAAUCAACCAUUCUACAGCUUCAUUAAAGGCCAAUUAUGCCUGAGAAAUGCUUUUUUAUUUCGUGAAAGCUUUUAAUUUUAGUUUCCAAAAUGUUGCUCAUUGGCAAAUUAUCUAAACCAGUUUUUGCUUCUAGGCAAUUAGUACACUUAUAGUGAUUUAGUUUUUGUAUGGACUACUGUUAACAAUUUGCUACUUUCAUAACAAAAACUUUCUCAUUCCGCGCUUAUUACCUCAGCAGAUAAGCAUGCUCUAAAAUCAUUAUUUAAAUGCUAUAAAACUCAUGUUUGCCAAUUAAAUUAAAAAAAUAUAUUCGUUUCUGAGGCUUAAUAUGUUUAAUGACCAUUUUUCUCUAUAUGAAGGCCGCAGACAUUUGUGCUGAUAAAACUCAUUUGGUCUUCUGGACUCCAAAAUAAGAACGUAAAUCGAUAUGUAAACCAUUUAAUUAAUACAAUGUAGCUAUUUUCGCUUUUUAUAACUUCAAUCUCCCAUCAAAAUUUGCUAACAUGCUUCCGAUGUUAUUGACUUUGUCGCUUUACAAUGUUUAGUAUUAUCAUACUCGAUUAAAGUGCUGUAAAUCGUUUGUAUCAAGUGUAUCAACGCAAUUAAGUGAACUUUAAUAUAUAGCAUUUAUAAAAGAAAGGUACUCAAUGUGUAACAGUUACAGCUGUACAUUUAUUAUCAUUAGAAUAAGCAUGUGUUUAUUCUAUAAAAAAUAUAUAUCCUAAAAUUAUCAACGGCUUUAUGUGGAACAAGUUUAUUAACAAAUCAUUUUGCAAUGUCAUGGUUCAAAAAUGGUGACAAUAAUAAGUUACGUAUUUCUGUAUAGCUUAAAGAUAUUACUAUUUUGAUACGACAACAUUGCAAUGAAGUAUUUAAUUGUAUGUGUGAAUCGCGGUAGAUAAAUAUUCAAAAUUGUGCGGGGAUUGUGUAUAAUGGUUCUAUCUUUAAAACUCUAAUACUAAAUAAUUCUUAUAAAAAAGUAGAAUGAUAUAUGUGUUCCAUACUUGGUUUUGAAUGUUAUAUUAUUUGGUGGUAAGAGAAAAGUAAAAUAAUAAUGAUUUUGUAAAUAAUCUGCCAUAAUCACCCUAUACUGUUAAAUACAAAGUGUCUUUACUCGAUGUAAAAAAUGUCUCAAAAGGAAAUGAUGUAGUUAUGAUAUAAAUAAAAGAUGUUAUAUCAAUACUUUUCCCUUGAAUUUUGAAUCGUACUAUACUCAAAUCUACUUUAUUUAUGUAAUAUAUUUGUCGUGCUUUGAAUGUUAUGGUUCGACAAUGGUAAAAAUAAUAAGUUACGUAUUUCUUUAUAGCUUAAAGAUAUUACUAUUUUGAUACGACAAGAUGAAGUAUUUAAUUGUAUGUAAGAAUCGCGGUAAAUAAAUAUUCGAAAUUGUGCGGGGAGAGUUAUAAUGGUUCUAUCUUUGAAACUCUAAUACUAAAUAAUUCAUACAACAAAGUUAUAAAUGAUAUGUGUGUUCCAUGCUUGGU